GGGCACCACUUCGCAGUUUGCACCCACAAUCCACAGAGACGCUGUCAUCGCUGUCGUAAAUUAGAGAAACUUCCAGUUUGCUGAAAUGGCGCUAGCAGCACUCCCUCUAUUCUCUAAUCCUCCAUGCCAUUGCUCUUCUUCUAUAACAACCUUUCUUCCUUCACAUUCUCGUCAUCUUCCAACCCAACCCUUCAUCUCCCCACUCACCAAAUCACAACCACCAAACAGCAACUAUUUCCUUUCCCAAUCUCGUCCCUCCACCCACUGCCGCUGCACUUCCCACACGCCCAAUCUCGACUUCCAAUACGUCAGACUUGUCACUUUGUUUCAAGAAAUCGGUAUCAGCUUUGAGAAAACCAAUUUGCUCUUGAGCAAUGCUUCCGAACUGACCUCGAUACAACUAGAUUUAUUGCGGGAUCGCAUUCUUUCUUUAAAAUCUCUUGGGUUAGGUCGUAUGUCCAUCAAUCACAUAGUUAUAAAGCAGUUAAAUAUGCUAACUUCAAAUGAAAUUGACCCAUUGUUAAACUUUUUGAGAAAUGAAUUGCAAGGACAGGUUGAGAAAGCUAAGGUGAAACGUCUUUUAUCGGCUAAUGAGCCGAAAGAAUUAUCUGAUUUUCUUCAGAAGGUUCAAUUGCUUAUUGACAGUGGAAUUGGGGUUGAUAAGAUUGCACAUGUGCUUAACAGAGUGAGUUUGUCAAAGGCAAUUUGUCAUAGGUCAAUGGAAGAAAUUGAAAGAGUAAUUAGUUUCUUAAAACCAUUUGGUGGCGUUGAUUUGAUUGUGAAGCGCCCUUCAACUCUCAACUAUGAUUUGGAUAGUCAGCUGAAACCGAGAAUCAGGGUUCUUACUGAGUUAAGUGGCGGAGAUGAGGAUAGUGUUGGGAAAGUGCUGAAUAAGUACCCUAAGAUCUUGAAUUUUAGGGCGGAACGUCUUGAGGAACAUAUAGAGUUCUUGAGGUCUUUUGCAGAACUUGAUGAUCAACAAAUAUUUAAGAUAGUGUUGGUGUAUCCAGCUAUCUUCUCUAAUAGUAGAGAGAGGAAACUGCGUCCUAGAAUACAAUUUCUCAAGGAUUGUGGAUUAGACUCGAGCGCUGAUAUCUUUAAAUUCUUUAUCAAAGCACCGGUGUUUUUGGGCCUUUCGUUCCGCAAUAACCUUGCUUAUAAGCUUGUGUUUUUGGUCAAGAUUGGAUAUGAAUAUAGGACAAAAGAGUUGGCAAUGGCGAUCGCGGCUUCUACUAGAAUAAGCUGUGCGAAUAUGCAGAAGAUGGUGAGUGUAUACUUGAAUUACGGGUUGUCGUCUGAAGACAUUUUUGCUAUGAGUAAGAAGCAUCCACCGACACUGCAGUGUGAUCAUGCCUCGUUGGAGAAGAAGAUUAAGUAUUUGACAGAGGAGAUGGAUCGUGACAUUCAGGAGUUGUUGGAUUUUCCUGCAUUUCUUGGAUACAAGUUAGAUGACAGAAUUAAGUAUAGGUAUGAAAUAAAGAAGGAUUCAUGUGAGGGACAAAUGUCUGUCAAGAAGCUUUUAACUGUUUCGAAUAAGAACUUCGCCGCUCGGCUGAAAAAGGCUUCUGUAAAAUCUAAAUUGGAAUAAAGGUGAACAAAUGACUUUUUCUUUUUCCUUGUACAUUAGUUUUGCUGUCCUUAGUUAUUUUGUUGUAUUCCUUAUGACUCAA